AUGCGCUUCACCACCACUUCUCUGGCCCGCCUCAUCACUGCCUUCUUCCUCAUCGCCUUCGUCACCGCCGCACCCGUCGCUGUCACCACUUCAUCAACCGGUCUGAGCGCUGCCGGCCAGGAAGGAGGCGCACGGAUCGCCGAACGCGACCUUUCGUCAUCACCGAUAGUUGAUACAGAUGUUGCUGCCGCUGAAGCAAAGAAGCGCGAAUUCAGCAGCACCAUGUGGGCCCUGAAGGACCGACUGUUGAUGAAGCGUCAGCCCAAGCCCGAGCCCGCCGCUGAACCUAAGCGCUUCACCCUUGACGACUUCACCACCAUCGCCGCCGCCAACGAGAAGUACGACGGCCUGCGACCCGAGGGUGCCGGCUUCGUUGGCUUGAAGCAGCGCGGCCUCCCUGGUUGGUCGAGGAUUUACUGA